AUGGAGAUGGACAUGGAGAUGCCAGAUCCGGACGAGCUCGAGUGGAUGGAGAGCCACAGUCUAGUCCCUGAGGAAGAGGAGGACGCCUACUUCGACGACCCCGACGAGGGCUUCGUCCCGCCUCCCGGCGAUUCGGACCAACCGUGCGAUUCCCCGCAGCCGCAGGACUCAGCCGUGCUACGAGCAAAUGAAGCGUCGGGCGGUUUGAAGCGGCCUCCGCCUCCGCCACCGCCGGAGCAGGAUGAGGAAGAGGAGAGGAGCAAGCGGAGAAACGUUGAGCAGGAGAUCUCGGAGGGCGAGGAUUGGCUUCGCUACUCGCCGCCUCCCGCCCCUGAAAUCGUCGUCGCCGAGAAGACAUUGUCGCGGUUCGCGUCGGAGAUCCAUGGAGACUCUGUGCCCGUCACUGCUCCCAAUGGGGAGAGGGUUUAUGCCAAGCUUGCAAUGGAGGGGUCGGUCGGUCGAGGAAUUAGCGGAACCAGGCAAGGGGCUCACUUCUCCAACCCAAACAUGAACCACAAGGGCCUGCUCUCAGAAUCCUUUCACUCACUAACAAGGCGUGCUGAGCAGGAGGCUUUAGCUAAGGCAUUGCAGGAAAGUACAAACUCAAUAGACCGCGUGGUUUGUUCAGCGACUCCACUAGUCACAGAAAAACUUUGGGUGGAAAAGUAUGCACCAAAUUCUUUCACAGAGCUAUUAAGUGAUGAGCACACAAACCGAGAGGUACUUCUAUGGCUUAAACAAUGGGACUCCAGUGUUUUUGGGUCCCAUAUUCGGGCAACGGGUGAUGAUGUCUUAUCUGCCUUACGUCGACACUCUUCAACCAUCCACAAGAAUGCAAGUAACAGAAAUUUCUUUUCCAAGAGCAAGGGGGGUCCUGUUGCAAGUCAAGAUGGCACACCCCUGAAUGCACAAAGCAGCAAUCCAGAAGGUUUGGGUGGCUCCUUCAGCAAAAAGUCAUCAGUUGAUAAUACACCAGAACAAAAGGUGUUGCUACUAUGUGGUCCACCUGGGCUUGGAAAGACCACACUUGCUCAUGUUGCAGCCAGACAUUGUGGCUACCAUGUUGUGGAGAUUAAUGCCAGUGAUGACCGUUCUGCUUCAUCCAUUGAAAAAAAAGUUCUCGAUGUAGUUCAGAUGAACUCGAUCAUGUCAGAUUCGAAGCCCAAGUGUCUGGUAAUUGAUGAAAUUGAUGGAGCACUUGGUGAUGGAAAAGGUGCAGUGGAGGUCAUCUUGAAGAUGAUCAAUGCUGAAAAGAGUAAUAAUUCCGACAGGAGCACUAGUGAGGAAACUCAAGUCCGAAAGGCAUCUAGGAAAAGUCAUAGAACAGCAAAACUACUGAGGCCUGUAAUUUGUAUAUGCAAUGACCUUUAUGCUCCAGCCCUGAGACAACUGCGCCAAGUAGCCAAGGUUCAUGUGUUUGUGCACCCGACAAUUAGUCGUGUGGUGAACAGGCUCAAGUAUAUAUGCAAAAACGAAGGUUUCAAGACAAGUUCGAUCGCGCUUUCUGCUUUAGCGGAGUACACUGAAUGUGACAUCCGUUCAUGCCUAAACACACUUCAGUUUUUGAACAAGAAAAGAGUGGCACUAAACAUUACAGCGUUUGAUUCACAAGUAAUUGGACAGAAAGAUAAGUCAAAAAGCAUCCUCGACGUUUGGAAGCAGGUUUUGCAAAAGAAAAGACUCAAGCGGUCUGGAAAGGCUGAAAGCCUUUUCAAUGAAGACAAGGACAUAGACUCUCUCUUCACACUCAUAUCUAACCGUGGUGAUUAUGAAGUUACUAUGGAUGGGAUCCAUGAAAAUUUCUUGAAACUAUCGUAUCAUGACCCGAUGUUGCAAAAGACUGUAAAAUGUCUCGAUAUACUUGGAGUUUCAGAUUCCUUGACCCAAUAUGUUUACCGGACUCAGCACAUGCCACUUCAUGCAUAUCAACCUCCAAUUGCUAUCACUAUAAGCCGCAUGAUUGCUCAAGUUGAGAAGCCAAAUAUUGAAUGGCCAAAAGCUUUGCAGAGGUCUCGAGCAUUGCUUUUAGAAAAGAAAGACAUGUUGAAGACCUGGCAAAACCAAAUGUCACCAUUUGUUUCAAGGCACCUCUCAGUAGAAUCAUUCGUUGAAGACAUUGCUUCCCCCUUUUUACAUAUUCUCUCUCCACUGAGUUUGAGACCUGUAGCACUGAAUUUGCUGUCAGAAAGAGAAAAGGAUGAACUUGUGCAGCUAGUUGAUACUAUGGUCUCCUAUUCAGUUACAUACAGAAACACUAAGUUUGUCCCUCAAGAAAAGGCAAACAUAUCUGUAGUGCCCCAUGAAGUUUCAUUACUCUCUCUUUAUCCUCCAAUCAAUGAUGUCAUAAAUUUCAAGGGCUAUCAAUCAGAGCACAUUGGUCUAUCUUUAGCCAUGAAACAGGUUUUGGUGCAUGAGGUAGAGAAGCAAAAGAUCAUUAAAGAUAGUGCUGGCAAAUUGUUGAAUCAAUCUAAUGAUGGAGAUAUGAAGAGCGAAGCUUUAUCAGCUAUAAGGAAGAAAACAGUAGCUAAUUCCAUCCGUCCAGCUUUACAUUCUUCCAAGGAUAGUUCCAAGUGCAGUUCAUCUACCCUUGAAAUGCAAUCAAACUCGGCCUCUAAUGUGAAUGGUAAAGAUUCUGUACCUGCCAAAAAACACUCCAGUCGCCCAACAAAUUUCUUUGACAGGUUUAGGAAGGAAAGACCACUAGAUGCAAAAACUCAUAGUGAUGUGGGUCUGCAAGGAGCAACACUUCAGAGGGAUUCACGCCCUCUGAUCUUCAAAUAUAAUGAGGUGUUCUUUCUAUCCAUUGCUAUGCCAAAGUACCUCCUGUGA